GUUGUCAUUUUCCUCUCCACAAAUCACAGCAAUCCCAUAUGAGGGGUGUGGGCCAGUGGGGAGGAAGAGAGAGAGGGGUAUCUGGUUACCUCAUUAUAAGGGCUCCCAACUUGCCAAGCUACCCCUGCUCCUGGAGAAGCCAGUGCUUGCUCAGUAGAGCCAGCGAGAUCUUUGACCCUUCUGCUUCCAGAUAAAACCUAAUAACUUCCACCAUGUCUGAUGAAGAAGUUGAAUAUGAGGAGGAGCAGCAGGAAGAAGAGGAACAUGGUGCUGGAGAAGAAGAAGAAGAAGAAGUAGCCGACGAACCUGACCAGGCUCCUGAGCCAGAAGAAGAACGUCCCAGACCAAGGCCAAUGGUUCCACAGUUAGCUCCUCCAAAAAUCCCCGAGGGGGAGAGAGUGGAUUUUGAUGACAUCCAUCGCAAACGGAUGGAGAAGGAUCUUCUGGAGCUGCAGACUCUCAUUGACGUACACUUUGAGCAGAGGAAAAAAGAAGAGGAAGAACUUGUGGGUCUCAUGACAAGGAUUGAACAACGCAGGGCUGAGCGUGCCGAGCAACAGCGAGUCCGCACUGAGAAAGAACGGGAACGACAGGCCAAGCUUGCCGAAGAAAAGAUGAGGAAAGAAGAAGAAGAGGCCAAGAAAAGAGCUGAAGAUGAUGCUAAGAAGAAGAAAGUGCUGUCCAAUAUGGGAGCUCACUUUGGUGGAUACCUGAUCAAGGCAGAGCAAAAACGUGGAAAGCGGCAGACUGGCCGAGAAAUGAAGAUCCGGAUCUUAACAGAGCGACGAAAACCUUUGAACAUAGAGAACUUAAGCGAGCAACAGUUGAGGGAAAAAGCCAAGGAGCUCCAUGACUGGAUCCAUCAUCUAGAAUCAGAGAAGUUUGAUCUGAUGGAGAAACUCAGACGUCAAAAAUACGAGAUCAACGUUCUGUAUAAUCGCAUCAGCCACGCCCAGAAGUUCAAAAAGGGUGCUGGAAAAACCAGGCUUGGUGGUCGCUGGAAGUAAAAGGGAGUCAACUCAGCAUGUGGAGCCCAAUCUGAAAGUCUCCCUGGCAACAGAAGUGACUGCUGAUUACAUCUCAUCCUUUUUUUUCCCCCUCUUGUGUUGCUUUGUGUUGAGUUGAACGCUUUCCUGUUCCAUUCCCUGACUCCUUGUCAUGUGCAUCUCUGACCAGUCAUGUGCCACAAGCCACACAAUAAAUCAACCUCU